CCAUAUGGUAGGGGGUAGUGGCUUCGUGCAGGUAAUGAAUGGUAAUCUGCUCACUGUGGCUAGUCUGGACUACUCUAUAAGUCACACGGUCAGCAUCACUGGUGCCAGUGUUACGUGCUCUGGAGCAGAGAGAAGCCGUCAGUUCAAUUAUACCUUCAAAAUAGCAAAACUGGCCAUCAGUGAACUAGCUCUUUCCAUCGAAUGUUCUGACUCCCUUCUUCCUGUCACCCUAACAUGGACUGUUGAGGAAGGGCUGUCUUCCCACUCGACCCCCCCAUGAAUCGCACACCAAAUAUCCGCUUUAGUCCAGUCGGUGGCCAAGUUGAUACUGCUAUUUCGAACUCACCGUACAUCCUGUCCAUUCCAAGGAAAAACGAUAUCUACAAUUUCACUGUGUCUGUCAGAAAUGUUGCUGGAGAAACACUACAAGAUGCAUCUGAUUUCCGAGUAUCAGCAUUCUCUGUUGACACAAGCACUAUUACUACCUGCCUCACUUUCACAGUCAGGGAAGACUGUGCUAACGACAUCAGGUUGGGAAACUUUGCUAUACUUCUGUCAUACGGUGUUGGGCCGUGUCAGUCAGUGACAGACUUCCCUAAUCCUACGAGCAUGACAGCAGCCAUUACUUCGGCAGCUGGUGUUUGUAUUCCCGUGGAAACCGUGUCGAUUGUUGAACUCUGUUACACUGCAACUUUGAUGUAUCAGAACACUGCUGUAAUGUCUCAGACUAAUCUAGACUUUCGAAGGUGUGUAGUAUCUACUCUGCAAGCUCAGUUGGGGUCAGGGGUCACCUUCACAUUCAACCGUGCACCUGACAGCAGUGAAACAGUGCCUCACACCACUAUCGCUACUCUGGAAUGUGGCAGUGUAGUAAUGACUUUCUCUGGAGACUCUCAGGCUAUUUGUGUGGAUAGUGAAUGGAUGGUAGAAAACAACUCUUGUUCAAUUGCUGUCUCGUUUAUGGUAGUUUUUAUCAUUGUGCCACUCCUGGUUAUUUUUGCUGUUGUUGUUACUAUUGUCGUAUUGGUUCUUUAUCAGAAGCUAAAAAAUAAAGAGGGUUCAUCAAGGCCAGUAGAUGUUGAAAUUGAUGGACUAACGAAAACUCCCCCACCUCCUUACUCCAUCUAUGCUGACCCCAACUCCAUUGAUAUAGAGGAUCCAGAUGAAAUUAAAUCAGUCCCUCACACUCAGACAAUAUUGCCUAUGGCCAUUUUCAGCAGCGGUCAUAUCCUCUAAAUGAACUGAGAGGAC